AGAAUGUCCUGUCCCGGAGAGUGGCCUUGGUGGUGUUUCUUUAGAGCAAAAGUUGAGGUCUUUGGGGGGGAGGAUAGCUAGGCAUUCCUAGUCCCCCUAAAUCCCUGCUCCUCUCCCGGCCUGGUAGUGGGUAUUUUUCUUUCUGGUUCUAGGGGCUUAUCCCACACAAGAACCCAUGGUGGGAACCUUAUCUGAACUUGGGCUUUGCAGUUAGCAGGAUGGGGGGCUGCCAUUCUCUGGGGGAUAGAGACUGACAUUUUUAGGAAGUAGCCCAGCUAUUAAGGAAGCCAGUCCUGCUCCCAUACACACCCUGCCCCAUAGGGAGGGGGGAAGUCACGUCACUCCUCCUUGCUUCGGAGCAUAAGAGUCACUGGAGGCUCUGGACAACCAACCACUCUCUCCCGGCCGAGAGACCAUGCUGCUGGCUGCUCUUCUCUCGCUGGCCCUGCUGGGCACCACGGAGGCCUGCAAGGGGCGCUCAUCCUUCUCCCAGACGGGCAUUGUAUGUAGGAUCACCAGACCAGCCAUCCUGGUGUUGAACCAAGAAACCACAAAACUGAUUCAGAAGGCAUUCCAGCGCGCCACGUAUCCUGACAUCAAGGGAGAGAGAGUCAUAUUGUUCCUGGGCAAAGUCAACUAUGGCCUAUACAACAUUCAGAUUAGCAACCUGUCCAUCAGCAGCAGUCAAGCAGAGCUGAAGAAAGACAAAAGCAUUAACAUUGCGAUUCAGAAUGUGUCCGUGAUCUUCAAAGGGACCCUCCAAUAUGAGUACAAAGGGGGAUGGCUAUUGGCAGUUCAUCAGUCUGUUGACUUUGAAAUUGGCACUUCCCUUGACCUCCAGAUCAAUACCCAGCUGGCUUGCGAUGGAGGGCGCGUUCAGGCGGACACCUCGGACUGCUUCUUGUCUUUCCACAAGCUGCACCUGAAUCUUCAUGGAGAAAAGCAACCAGGCUGGAUUGAACAGCUCUUUACAGACUUCAUCUCUUUCACCCUGAAGCUGAUCCUGAAAGGGCAGGUGUGUAAGGAAAUCAGUGUUCUUGCCAACAUCAUGGCCACUUUUGUCCAAGAUAAAGCAGCUAACUUCCUCACAGAUGGAGACAUUAGUGUGGACAUUUCUCUGACUAGACCCCCAGUAAUCAAAGACAGUUACCUGGAGUCACAUCACAAGGGUUUCCUGACUUACAAGAACCAAUCCUCAGGCUUUCAAGACUCCAGCUACACCCCAAACAUGCUGGGUGACUCCCGCAUGUUGUACUUUUGGUUUUCUGAAAAAGUCUUGAGCUCCCUGGCUAAGGCUGCCUUCCUGGACAAGAGACUGAUGUUGACCCUGACAGGCAAUGAGUUCAAGGCAUUGCUGGAGAACAAAGGCCUGGAUACCACUCAGGAUAUUUUGCAGGAGAUUUUCCAGGGUUCCUUCAGAGAUUCUCAGGUGGUUGUUCGAAGUCUAGUUGCCCCCGUCAUCACCUGCAAGCCAGAGGGCACCAUAGUGAAGUCCUCUGUGGGUGUGGAGAUCCAGCUACUCCACCCAGACCAGGCUUCUACUGUGGCAUUCUCUUUUGAAGAGGACGUUGUGACUGUCAUUCAGGCAUCCUAUGAAGAAAAGAAACUGAUUCUAGAUCUCUCUGAUUUCCAGAUUCAACAUAAGUCUUCCCGAUCUUUCUCUACAUUAUCUACAAGCCAAGAGUCGAUCCAGGACUUCCUGAAGACCCUUACAAUCAUGGUGGGCAUCCCUGUGAUCAUCUCCUGGCUUGAGCCAGCACUCACAACACUAUUGAACAGUAAGGGCCUGGAUCUCUUUGAUAUCAUCAAUCCUGAAAUUAUCACCAAAGAGGGUUACCUGGUACUCCAGAUGGACUUUGGAUUCCCCCAGCAUCUGCUAGAGGAUUUCCUCCAAACCAUCAUCUAGAAGAAAGCCAGAGAGAGGUUGCCUGGCUAACUGAACCAAAGAGAAAUUGGGGAAGGCUGCCUUAGUCUUCUCUCCUAUCAAAAAGGGAUGAUCAUGAAUACUUUUGUUAUGGCACCUCACAGGGUUGUUGGGAGGAUCAGAUGAGCUCAUGGAUCCUAAUUGCUUUGUAAAUCUGUAAAGUGUUAUUAUUCUAAUUAUUCUCAGUAUUCUUUGUUUGGUUCCCUCCUUGCCUGCAAGAAAAUAAGAAAGAAUAUGAGUGGUAUGUGCUGUCUUCUCAUUGCCCUCCUCAAAUCCCAUCCCUAUUCCAUAAGGAAGGUAGAAGCCCUCAGAAACUCAUAUCAGUCAAAAUGUUAUUAAAGCCAAAAGUGGGAGACUGAGGAAGAUAGAGGUGACUGUUUCUGUCCAAAAACCAUAAGGUAGUCAGACUCCACCCUCUCAGCCACCUCUGUGUUCUUUGUCCUUCAUGGGUUUUCUUGUGUUCCCUUGUGGUUUCUGUUUUCAUGGCACUUCCUCUGAUCCUGUUAUUUCAAGAUGAAUGCUCUUCAUUGUAAGAUUUCCCUUUACCUUCCCUCCUCCAGUGCUGGGGUCAUAUGAUAGUUACCACCAUGGAUUGAGGGCUUCCUAUAAGUAAGAGUUUAAGAUUAAGACUGUGGCAGAAUCCUAAAGCAUAAGGGUUCUGGUAUUGAUUUGGUGUGAUUAAGGGGAUCAUUUAGUACACCAUGGCUUGCCAAAUUCAUCUUCCUGAAAGAUUCUAGUCAUGUCACUACUCUGAGAAGUGCUAGUGAUGCCCUUGAGCUAGUGGUGCCCAUUUGGCAUUCUCAGCUUGACACUCAAAGUCUUUUAUGACCUAGCUUCAGCUUAUCUAACUUUUGUAUCCCUCUCACAAAG